CGAGAGAGAAAGAAAGAGAGAAACGCAACAAGCAAGUAACCACCGCCGAGACGCGCAUCUCUCGCACACACCCAUAGGUGUAGAGAGUAGACGUAUUUAGCGCCAGGUUUUCUCGCGCACCGAGAGAGAAAUAGUACACAUUUCGGCGACGCGGCAGAAUAGUCGGUGAGCAGUGAAGGAAUAACGCCAAAUUCGUUUCUUUUUCAAAGCCGAAACGGACGCACACACCUGUGCACAUCGAGACGUGUAUCAAAGCACAACAGCAGAGAUGCAGGCAUUCCCAGGUCAAGUGAACACAGCAACGACGGCGGGUGGUCAGACAUCAGGCCCCGUGUUAAUACACUUUGACCCGUACUACGUACGAACCCUUCCUGGCAUGCUCAAAGUUGGUCAGAUGCUACUGAAUAUCCUGGGCUUCAUCUGCAUACAGAUAUCUCACAUUAACAGUCACAGCCGUUGUGGAUGGUAUAGUUCUGUGUCGAUGGCUGCAUUUUGGGCAACUAGUAUCCUACUUGCCUGUUAUCAAUUUCACGUUGUCGAGAAGUUUCAGAAGAUCCCUUGGCUGAAAAUCGAAUUCAUUUACUGCGCUAUCAUUACUGCUUGUUACCUAUUGGCUGCUUCACUCGUCGCAGCCCUUGCAAGCACGAGCGAAUCAUUAGGUGUAGCCGCCUUAUUCGGUUUCCUCGCUAUGUGCGUAUAUGGCUUCGACGCAUGGGUCAAGUUCAAAGCCUGGAAGAGCGGUGACUGUCCCCAGGGCCAGCGACCUUCUUCUAAGCCCGUUUCAACAGUUGGAAGUCCAGCUGGUUACUGAAUUCGCAAACCACCAUAUACAAGUUCUACGUCGCAUUUGUUCCAUUGUUGUCAACGUUCAUCGCUCGAAAAAGUAUUUAUCUCAAAUAUCUUUGCACGGACUUAUAUAUACAUCAAAUAUCGAUCUGCAGUAUAGCUUUUGGUAAAUGUUGUUCUUUUUUUCGCGAAACGGGACGUAUAAUAAAGAAAUUUUCUUGAAAUAUCGUUCUCUUAAGGAUCUAGAUUAUAAAUAUAAAAAUUUCUUUGAAAAUUUUUCUGAAUGUAUAGUUGACAGUUGAAAGACUUUUAUCUGCACGCCAAUUGUAAUUCGUGUGUAUAAUGCUUAGCUGUUAUAAUUAGUGCCUAUAUAUCUUACUCUGAUUUCGUUUCAAGGUGAACUUUCACGUUAUCAGAUCGACAAUACUAAUAUAUACAGUCGGAAUGUCUGUUACACUGUUGGUUGUCUCUCAAAUAAUACAUUAAUGCGAAUUGCUAAAUGAAUACUUGGACAUAUUACUCGAUUUUUACGCUGAACUGAACGUUAUAGUAACUAUUCUAUGAUAUAAAUGUUUGUCUACAUAUCUUACUAACUUUACUCUAAAGAGCAUACCUAGCCGUUGAAAAAAAUUACUUUUAUUGUCGUAAAUUUAUUCCUUUUUACAUUUAACAUUAUUCUCUUGCAUUGUCAAAUUUUUUAAUAUUAUGCACGAUACUGCCAGACUGUUUUUAAGAGUUGUAUUAAUUUUAUUGAUAUUAGAAAACUGUUCGUCUGUAAAUGUAUAUCUACGCUCUUAUUUCUUCUGUGCAAUCGCACAAAGAAUCAGAACGUAAUUUUUUUCUAGUACCCUGCUUACGUUUAGAAGUUUGUUAUGCAUAUUGUUGUAUAUCAAAUACAUCGCGGAGAAAAGAUCUGUCACUAUACUAAUUAUGGAAAGUUAUUUGUAAUUGGAAAGAUAUUAUUCGUAUUUUAUAACUUUACGCGAUGCGAACAUCAAAUCGAAUGGUGUAUACUAUUUUUGUAAGUAUUUAAAUGAAAAUAUCAGACUCAGUAUGAGACUUGAAAUAUUUAAAUUUAUAAUAAAAUUUUUUUAAUAUUCUACAUUGAAAUCGUCUGUAUUUGGAACAUUUAUAAAACCUGUUGUUUUUAUUCCUUGGAAUUCGCAAAAUUGUAGCUAUUGAAACCAUAGCUAUAAAAUUUAUAGUUAUUGUAACAAUUACUACGUUUAUUUGUCGAUAUCAAAGAAGAUUACAAAUAAAUAAAUAAAUAAAUAUUAUCAUGAAUAUUAAAACACAAAUUAGUUGCUAAAAUCGUAAAUUUUGACCAAGUAUUUAUCAUGUGGUUAUCUCACAUCGCUUUAAUAAAAAUUAUCCGUUCUGAAUUGACAAUGCUUAUCCUGUUAACAAUUUUUGUUUUAUACUUAUUUAAAACGUAACUAGAUAAAACAAAAACGAUACGUCGUAACCUGUCCGUAAAAAAAUUAAUUUAUGUAACCUUAUCGAAGGUUAAUCAUAUUUGAUUUAAUCAUUCACGUGACUAAAACAAAUAAUGUAGGAAUGAAAUGUCAAUGUUUGAAUUAUGAUUGCAUGUGCACAUAAUAAUUAGCACCAUAAUUUUUUGUUUAGCACACUACUUAAUGACAUUAAUGAAAUAUCAACUUUAUUGAAUUGAACUUAACGACUAAGUAUUCGAUGUAAAUUAAUUUUUUCUAAGUAUUCGCUUGAUCAUUUUUCAUGUAUGUACCGUGCAAAAAAAGAAAUGAACACAGUUUCAAUUUUGCGCUGACACUUUCGAUUCAAGUUUUAAUUUAUUUUGUUUAUAACGAUAAUUAUAAAGAUUACAGCAACGAGUAAAAUGACUUACAAAAAAUUGAGAAAAAUAGUUUUGCACAGAAUAAUUUUAUUAAUUAAAUAGACUGAUAAUUGAUUUUGAUUUGAAGGAUCUAUAAAUUAUAUUAUAGGUUAAAUUAUAAAGACAUAAAAUUAUUAUUUUUUUAAGUAUAAUAGCACAUUCAUUUUUAAAUUGUUUAUAAAUAGAUUUAUGCCGUAUAAUUAUUCAUACUUAUGUACAUAAUGUAACGCUAUAACGUAUUAAUAUUGUUUAUUUUUUUAAUAAUUCUUCUAAUAAUGUACAUACUGUUUAUUUAUAAUGAUAAACGGAAAUGAUACUGAAUUCUGACAUCAAACUUUCAUGUGCUUCAUAAAGAAUACUUUAAUUUAAUGAUUUUGGAAAAAUAUUUAGCAGCUUUAGAACUCAUAUUCUUUUAGAUAAUUUAAGUAAAAUCUUCGUACGUCGAAUUUUAUAUUCGAUAUAAGAUGAAUUAUAUAUUUUAAAGUAUAGAUGGAAUUGAAAAAAUUGUAAAGUAAAUUUUAAAAACAGUUUUUGAGUACCAUACGAUGAUGCAAAAAUAAUCUAGUUUUAUACUUGAAUCUUCGUAGCAUAGAUGUUUGAUUUAAAUUACGCAAACGAUCUGGUCGUUGCUGCUUUGCAAUUACUUCUACAUUAAUUAAUUUAAAAGUAGCAUUGAUAAAAUGUAUUGUAAUAUGAUAAAAUAAACUUGAUAAAAAAAGACUACUUUCUACAACAUAAAAGCACAUGAAAUCAAUUUAUUUUUUAUUAAUGUAUACUCCCAAAAGACUGGAAGUUAAUAAUAACUAGAAGAUAAUAAUAUUUAUUGUCAUAUAUUGUCUACGCUUAUAUAAUUGAACUUUAACUCACACUUAAAUACGUAUAUGACUAAUUAAUUUGUAUAUUUUAAAUGUUAUGGUAAAUGCGCUGGAAUUGAAAAAUAUAAUUAAUUACAUUUAUUAUUCAAUUUUAUUUUUCAAUAUAAAUGUUGCUUUCAUUUAAUAUACGUCAUAGAACCCCCUUGUCCUUUAGUAUUUUUGAACUAUUAUUUUCACAUUUCCGUUGUCUAUUAUUCCUCUCUUCGACUCAAACAUUUUUAUACAAUUUAUGAAAAUAUUACUCAUAUCAACUAUGUAAUAAAUAAUGAAAGUAUAAAUUGAUGUUCAACUACAUCACUACUGUUCAAACUAUGUGACUUUAAAUAAUGAAAUUAGUGAAGAAAUACAUCACAACGUACAAAGUAAUAAUGCAUUUAAUUGCAUGCUAGACUAUUAAAAUGUCAUGCUUGAUAUUAUAUUUAUUUUUCGAAAUGUAUGCAUUUCAUAAUUUUUAACUGAAACAAGAACAAUGUAUUGAUCGGACAUCUUUAUUUAUAAUUCUCAAUAUUUAAUUAUGAGAUGAGCUAAGAAAUAGAUUUAAUUGUGACCGUUAUUUAAUAUAUAUACUCUCAGAAAAUGCAACGACAAUAACGACGAACUUAUGAAUAUUGUUAUUAAUACAGUUCAGAUACGUUCAAUUACGUACAGUUCAGAUUUAUUUUUCAUAUGAUAUUUCAAUACUUCGAAAUACAGCAAAUAAUGCAAUAUUUUAUAUAAAAAUUAUAAAUUGAACUUUUUUCGAUUAUAUAUCAAUGGUAAAUAAUUCGACGUACGAAGUGAGUGGAACUGUAAGAACGUAUAUAUUUUCAUUUAAUUCAUCAUUUAUGUGUGGAAUUUACUAAAUAUAUAAAUUAUGAUAUUACGCUUAUCAUACAAGACACUGACACGAUUACAAACAUAAGGACCAAAGCAACAAUAAAGUAAAUAAAAUAUAAAGCAAUAUGUUACGUAAAUGUUGUAAAUUAUUAGAGAGUAUAAAAGUAAUUCAGUUAGUUGAUGAAUUUUUACGAUAUAAACAUGGUAUUUACGCUGAUGGGGGAUGUAUGUUAAGGUAUAUACGUAUGUAUUUAGAAAUAUUAUAAAAAUGGCUUCAAUUUUUAUUUGCAAUCAGAAAGUUCAGAUUAAUCAAGCAAGAAUGUCAUAGUGUUGAUGAAAUAUUAUGUAUGAUCGCGAUACGAUCAAGCACAUGUGACUGGAUUUCUAUCGAACUUUCCCUGUCUGCCAUAACAUGUCGACGGAGACAAAAGUUUCUUUAAUUGAAUUUUUCAAGUAAUUGUUUUAUCUCUUCAUUAAUAUUUCAGUUGAUUUAAGCACAGUUUUAUUAUUUAUUUAACAAAAUCAUACUAAAUAUAAUGGUGAUGUUAAGUUUGUGCCUUCUUUAAUUGAAAUUUAAGAUAAAUUUAACCAUUUAAAACGUUGCAAUAAAAAUUAUAAUCCAAUGUGGAACAAUUACAGAGAAGAAGAACAAAUAAAAAUUUGAAAUCUGUCUUUAGAAAGAUUAAAUACCUACUGUGUUACAAAGAAAGUAUACUGUAUAAUUUGGACGAUAGUGUAACAAAAUUUUUUUCGUUUAAGGAUCGUAAGCUAGUGAGUAUACAUUAUUUUAAAUAAUCGCGUUAGAAGCUGACAAUAUGUAUUAGUGUAUCAGUCACCUAUUUCA